AUGAAGGUUCUCCUGACUGGAGGUUCCGGCUUCAUUGCGGCUCACUGUAUAGACCAACUCCUCGAACGCGGUCAUAGUGUUAUCUUCACGGUCCGUUCGGACGAGAAAGGUCGGAAAAUACUGAGUAACCACUCCGGCGUGCCUCUGGACAAACUCAAUUAUGUCAUUGUGGCAGACAUUGCUAAAAGCACUGCAUUUGCGGAAGCAGUCAAGUCAAACCCGCCGUUCGAUGCUGUCGUGCACACAGCAUCACCUUUCCACUUAGGAAUCAACGACCCUAAAGACCUUCUAGAUCCAGCUAUAAAUGGCACUGUAGGUUUACUCCGUGCAGUCAAGAAAUCAGCCCCUUCAGUCAGGCGAGUUGUUAUUACCUCAUCAUUUGCAUCAAUGAUGAAUUCUGCUCAGCAUCCAAUGAAGUACGACGAAACGAGUUGGAACCCUAUCACAUCGCAGGAAGCCACUCUCAACGCCGCUAACGCUUAUCGUGCGAGCAAAACCUUUGCUGAGAAGGCAGCUUGGGAUUUUAUCAGGAACGGAAAUCCCGGAUUUGAUAUCGCAACUAUCAAUCCACCCUUGGUCCUUGGUCCCGUCGUGAGUCAUCUCAACUCUCUCGAUACCAUAAACACCUCAAAUCAACGUCUCCGAGACAUGAUCCAAGGCAGGUGCAAAGAUGGUCUUCCUCCCAGUUUCGGAGUCUACUUGUGGGCUGAUGUCCGAGACGUUGCUCUGGCACAUGUCCGAGCUGCCGAAGUGUCUGAAGCUGGAGGAAAGAGGUUCUUGAUUGCCGCCAACACUUACGUGAGCAAUGCACAUAUCGCAGGAAUCAUACGAGACCAAUUUCCAGAUCUCAAAAAUCAACUCCCGAUGGAGCUAGAUAGCGACAUACCAGAUGAUGUGUACGGCUACGACAACUCAAGAAGUACCGAGGUGCUGAACCUUGAGUAUCGAGAUUUAGAAGAGUGUGUUGUCGACACAGUCAAGUCCUUGCUCGCAGUCGGAUCUUGA